CGUCAUGACGACCGGGCGGCCCGCAACGGCGGCGGGGACCAGUCGUUGAGGCUGUGAGCCGAACUAGGGCCUUACGGACCUCGCCCGACCGGGCGGGGCCCGCGCCAGAGAGACACAGCUCCGUCCGAACAGGGACUAUGAGAAAAUGGUCGGGCAGACGAGGAGUAAGCUCAAAGAAGCGGCUUCAGAGCCGGCGCACUCCUCCCGCGCCAUGCCGUCCAGGCGGCGACGCCGGGCCACCGGAGCCGGGGAGCCGGAGAUGGAGGAGCCGCAGGCGCAGGUGGAAAAGCCGCAGCCUCCGUUGCCCGUAGGCGGGGGGAACCUGCCGGGGGGCGCCCGGGACUACUCGCCGCGGAGGACCCGAAAUCCGAACGCGCAGAAUUGCAUGCAAAUGGAGGUGGUCGCAAAGACCCUCCUUCUCGGCCGCUUCCAGUUCCUCAACUGUUUGCUGGAGCAGCUCCGCGACAAGGUGCAGCAGUUGCGGAGACGGCAGCUCAACAGCAGGACCUCUCUGGCCAUAGCUGCCUUUGUGGGAGUUUUGCACUGGAUACAUUUAGUAACACUUUUUGAAAACGAUCGUCAUUUUUCCCACCUAUCAUCUUUAGAACGGGAGAUGACUUUUCGAACUGAAAUGGGACUUUAUUAUUCCUACUUCAAGACCAUUAUUGAAGCACCUUCAUUUUUGGAAGGACUGUGGAUGAUAAUGAAUGACAGGCUUACUGAAUAUCCCCUUGUAAUUAAUACAGUGAAACGCUUCCAUCUUUAUCCAGAGGUGAUUAUAGCCUUCUGGUAUCGCAUAUUUGUGGGAAUAAUGAAUUUAUUUGGGCUAGAGGCUAAGACCUGCUGGAAUGUCACCAGAGUAGAACCUUUAAAUGAAGUUCAAAGCUGUGAAGGAUUGGGAGACCCUGCUUGCUUUUAUGUUGCUGUGAUUUUUAUUUUAAAUGGACUAAUGAUGGGAUUGUUCUUCUUAUAUGGUGCAUACCUGAGUGGGACUCAACUUGGAGGUCUAAUUACAGUAUUGUGCUACUUUUUCAACCAUGGAGAGGCUACCCGCGUAAUGUGGACACCACCUCUCCGGGAAAGUUUUUCAUAUCCAUUUCUUGUACUUCAGAUGUGCAUUUUAACUUUGAUUCUCAGGACCUCGAACAAUAAUAGAAGGCAUUUUAUUGCACUAUGUUUUUCCAAUGUUGCUUUUAUGCUUCCCUGGCAGUUUGCUCAGUUUAUACUUUUUACACAGAUAGCUUCAUUAUUUCCUAUGUAUGUUGUGGGGUACAUUGAGCCAAACAAAUUUCAGAAGAUCAUUUAUAUGAACAUGGUUUCAGUUCUCCUUUGUUUUGUAUUGAUGUUUGGAAAUCCAAUGUAUUUAUCUUCUUAUUAUUCUUCAUCUUUGUUAAUGACAUUGGUGAUAAUUCUAAAGAGAAAUAAAAUUCAAAGAUUGGGAGUGUCUGAACUCAACUUUUGGCUGAUUCAAGGUUGUGCUUGGUUGUGUGGAACAAUUAUUUUGAAAUUUCUGACAUCUAAAAUCUUAGGUGUUUCAGAUCAUAUUCGCUUGAGUGACCUUAUAGCAGCCAGAAUCCUAAGGUAUACAGAUUUUGAUACCUUAAUUUACACUUGUGCUCCUGAAUUUGACUUCAUGGAAAAAGCGACUCCCUUGAGAUAUACAAAGACAUUAUUGCUUCCAGUUGUUAUGACGAUUACUUAUUUUAUCUUUAAAAAGGCUUAUCGUGAUGUUUUAUGUGUCUUAUCUGCAAAUACUUAUCUAAGAAAACAGCUCCUUGAACAUGGUGAGCUGAUUUUUCACACAUUGCAACUGUUAGCAUUCACUGUCCUUGCCAUUUUAAUCAUGAGGCUGAAGUUGUUUUUAACACCUCACAUGUGUGUUAUGGCUUCCUUGAUAUGUUCUCGACGGCUCUUUGGCUGGCUUUUUUGCAGAGUUCGUUUUGAGAAUGUUAUCUUUGGCAUCCUAACAGUGAUGUCAAUACAAGGUUGUGCAAACCUCCAUAAUCAAUGGAGCAUAAUAGGAGAAUUUAAUAAUUUGCCUCAAGAGGAACUGAUACAAUGGAUCAAAUAUAAUACCAGACCGGAUGCUGUUUUUGCAGGUGCCAUGCCUACAAUGGCCAGUGUCAAGCUGUCUACCCUGCACCCCAUUGUGAAUCACCCACAUUACGAGGAUGCAGACUUGAGGGCUCGGACAAAAAUAGUUUAUUCCACAUAUAGUCGAAAAUCUGCAAAAGAAGUGAGAGAUAAAUUGUUGGAGUUACAUGUGAAUUAUUACAUUUUAGAAGAGGCAUGGUGUGUUGUGAGAACUAAGCCUGGUUGCAGUAUGCUGGAAAUUUGGGAUGUGGAAGACCCUUCCAAUACAGCUAAUCCUCCCUUAUGUAGUGUCUUGCUCAAGGAUGGGAGGCCUUACUUCACCACAGUAUUUCAGAAUAGUAUGUACAGAGUAUUAAAGGUUAACUGAGAACAAAACCCACCACACUGUGGUGAAAACAAGUGUGUAGAAAACAAUCACUUUGCCUUAUUUGCAUUAAUAAAAAUCACAAGCUUUAACAAGGGGUCCUUAAAAAGAAGAUAUUAAAAAUGAUCUCAGGUUAUUUUGAUUACCAAAAGGUAAAUUAUUUCAUUGGUUUCCAUUGAAUGUCAGCCUUUUAAAGCUUGUUAUUUAAAUGAUUAAAUCAUUUCAUAUUGCAUAAACAAAUGUCCAUCCUAGAAGUUGUAACGAAAAAAAGAUCAAGACAUUUAAUAAUUUAAAGGUAAAUGUCAGUCCUUUUGUACCCAACUAGAUGCUUCAGAUUUUCUCUAGUACCAGCAUGCACCAGCUCAGACUCUUGAAACCACUUAAAAUAGAUUAAUGCAGUUUCUGAAAUGACACUUCCUUAAAAUCCUGAUACUAAUCACAACUUCUUUACCUCUGUGAGGAAAUUUGUGUGUAACCACGUGUCUAUUAAGGUGGUUUUUGCUUUUAUUAACCCUCGGGAAAGAUCUUUACUAGCUUUUAAUAGUUUUUUAUUAUUUCAAGUAAGUUAAAUAUUUUUAAAAACACUUAUUUAGUAAUGUUUUAAAUGUCUUGAAAUGUAUUUACCCAACCAAAUAAGUAUUUUCUAUUGAUUAGUUCCCAGCUGAGGUUCAGCAGGUUAUUAAUCUGUCUUUAUAAUCCAGUGAUUUUUCCUUUAACAUUCAAGUAAAAUAAAAACUGCUAUGGUACAAGACCACAUUUGGGGGUUAAAACAUAAGCAGAAAAGAAACUCCAGCUAAGUUUAUCAUUUUUAAGGUCCUAGAUCCUGAAUGAAGCAAAGGCAUUUUUCAUCUCCACAGCCCUGUAAUUCGGUGGACAUAGUCUUUCUGAUCACCAUCUUUGUAAUAACAUAUUUCUAAAUCCUCAUUUAUUUUUGGUUUUGGAUAAGGAAAUUGAUGUUUUAUAUAUCUUCUCCUCCAAUAUGAAACCUGUGCAACAGUAAUGCUUUGAGAGUGGGGAAUAAUUAUCUUGAAGAUACUGCCGAAUGCAAAGAUAAACACUAGAAAACAAAGAUAAACACUCAAGCAGAGAACUGCUUGAGAGACAGUAAAUAUGCUACAUCUGUAGUCUUUUGAUAUCUGCUUUAAAUUAGUCAUCUUGGAGUUUUUGUAAUUCCCUUAUGUUCUUGGCCCUCUGCAUUUGGACUAACAAAAUUACUUAGUUCUAUAGGUUAGUUCAUGUAUGGGAGGUAGGAGAUUAUAUUUAAGAAAGCUGAUAAAAUUAUUUUUCAACUUUUGUAAUUGUAAAAUAUUUUAAUACAGGAUACAAAACAUCUAAGAAAGCAUGCCCCAUUUCAUCAGUAUUUUCAAAUAACUUAUUUGGGCCUAAGUAUGGGGCAAAGAAGGAAAGGAGAAUUAACAUCUAAUAUUCAUAAAAAUAAAAUACAUUUUGGAUGAUAUUUUCAUAGGAAAUA